CAACUCGCGUCGCGGAUGGGACGCCGGAGGACCCAGCGCGCAUGCGCGACCAUCCCGCGCAUGCUCAGUAGCACGCGCUGCGCCUCGGAGCAUCACCGCGUCGCGGCAGAGGCGGAGGUCUCCGCGGCUGCUGCGGGAGCGACAGGAAGUGAAGCGGCCUGCCCUGGUGACUGCGGCGGCACAAACAGUGGCGGAAGGAGCCCUGCGGCUACGACGUCGUCGACUGGGGUGGCCGAGGGGGCUGAGCACCUAGGAGACUCGCCGGCUGGGAAGCCGGGUCCCGAGCCGGGUAGGAUGGAUCAUCACCAGCCCGGGACUGGCCGCUACCAGGUGCUUCACAAUGAAGAGGAUAAUUCAGAAUCAUCUGCUAUAGAGCAACCAUCAGCUUCAAAUCCAAUACCACAGAUCAUGCAGUCUGCUCCUUCAGCAUCAGGACUUGAAACCGACCCUUCUCCUCCACCUUAUAGUAGUAUUACUGUGGAAGUACCUACAACUUCAGACACAGAAGUUUACAGUGAGUUUUAUCCUGUGCCACCUCCCUACAGUGUUGCCACCUCUCUUCCUACGUAUGAUGAAGCUGAGAAGGCUAAAGCUGCUGCAAUGGCAGCUGUAGCCGCAGAAACUUCUCAAAGAAAUCAGGAGGAAGAGUGUCCACCAAGAGAUGACUUCAGUGAUGCAGACCAGCUCAGAGUGGGCAAUGAUGGGAUUUUCAUGCUGGCAUUUUUUAUGGCAUUUAUUUUCAACUGGCUUGGAUUUUGCUUAUCCUUCUGUAUCACCAAUACCAUAGCCGGAAGGUAUGGUGCCAUCUGUGGAUUUGGCCUUUCAUUGAUCAAAUGGAUCCUUAUUGUCAGGUUUUCUGACUAUUUUACUGGAUAUUUUAAUGGACAAUAUUGGCUUUGGUGGAUAUUUCUUGUACUUGGCCUGCUUCUUUUCUUCAGAGGAUUUGUUAAUUAUCUAAAAGUCAGAAACAUGUCUGAAAGUAUGGCAGCUGCUCAUAGAACAAGAUAUUUCUUCUUAUUAUAGAGAUUUGCAUCAACCAUACAUUCCUUUCUUAUGCCAAUGUGAAAUUCCAGAUCAUCUGUAAACCUACAACUUUAAUAGGAUAUAGAAGACCACUAAUAACAGAAGACACAUUAGUCAAGAAAAGAUAGAGCUCUCAAAUUGAAUGGCAGGGUGGUUUAUGCCUAAUAGCCAUUUCUGUUCAUUCUCUUAAAUAUUUAUAUUUCAUUUGUUUUGCACAUUUGCAUAUGUGCGCAUUUAAAAGAUUUGCAUACACUUGAAAGAAACCAUAAAGUUGUAGCAGUGAAGUCCAGUCACAUUUGGUUAAUCAGUGAUAUAAUUGAAAGAGUUAAGUGAUAAACAACAGUCUUCCAGCAUGUAAAUGCCAUUGACUUCUGACCUGAAGUUUAAUAUAAUAAAAAAUGAAAUUAACCAUGUCAAAUGCUUUAGUUUCUGGUUGUUAGAUUCAUCUGGUAACUCUAUACAUGAAACAUCCUUUGUUAGGUAUAAAGAUUUUUUGAAAUUUGCAGUGCUGAUUAUUAGAAAGGCUUUGUCAGAGUUUUGAAUAUGAUUUUACAUCAUUAGCAAAGCUCUUUCUGUAAAUAACCAUGCAUAAGUUACUUUCCACAUUUUUUUCUUAGAAAUUGUCUCUAGAUAUCUUUUUAGUAAUUUUAAAUUAAGUGAACUUAAUAUAUAGAGAAAAUUUGGAUGUUAAAGAUAGUUUCUUUUAGGGCAAAUUAUAAGAAAAUAUGGGUAUUUUACAUGUUCUUUAUAAGAAAAAAAAAUUGUGUAAGGGACAUGCCAGUUUUAGGGAUUAUCAAAUGAGAAGCUUGGCUUUUUAGCAUUGCCCGUCUUAGAGAUUCUUACAGGAAGAGAUUGUAUUAGAUAUUAUAUUUAUUUCAUUUAAGACAUUUUUGAAAACUAAUUUUUUGACUAAGAUGUCCUCAUUUGCAUUUGUCUUUUAAAAAGCCAAUAAAAGUAUCUUUCAGUAUCAUUUUAAUAACUUUUAGAUGUUUAGUUUGUUAAAUUUAGCAAAUAAAAACUUGUACUUUAAUAGCUUCUUGCUUUAUGAUUGUAGGAUUAACUUGUAAAAAUCAUAUCUUGAAUUGAGAAAUGUAUCUGUGGAAUAUAGGGAUGUGGGGUGUAUAUGUGUAUUGCGAGAGUGUCUGUAUGUGAUCAUUAUUACAACUGGAAUCUACAUUCACAAGCUACUACAUUUUGCAAAUCAUUUUAUGUCUCAUCUGUUUUUCUUUUCAGUUAUAUCUUUGCUCUUGAAAGCCAACAUUCAAAAUGAUGGGAAUUAUUUCAUCUUUAAACUUAGAAAUCAUUUAAUACAGCUAAAUAGAACAUAAAAUUGAUUGUUUAUUAUUAGACACUGACUACUACUAAAAGAUACAUCUAAAACUAUUCAGGGACAUUUUUCCAUUUCUGAAAAAAUAAAAUCUAUUAUGUUUUACAACA